GGUUAGCGUCACAGAUGAAUAGAGCGAGUUCUCUUCAGUACGUACAGAAAUGAGGCUGCGUCGUUGUGAUCAUCUCUCGGUCUUGUUAGAAAUCACACUGAACCACGUAUCGCUACCAAACAAAUAGCCCUCUCAUGGAUUGCCAUUCCUCUUCUCGAACUCUCAGCUUCCUUCUUCCUUUUCCUGUCCUUUUCCGGCCACUCCCUCUGAUGAUUCUGCCUCUCUAGCCACCGCUUCCUCCGAUUCCCCCAAACCCAAGAACAAUUCAGUUUCCAUAAAAACCAGCGGAAAAGAACGACGCAGAGAGGGAUUCUUUGUUUUUAGCUACCUAGUAGAUUCUACGAGGUACGAACCCGUUGUGGCUUCGUGGAUCCCAGCUUUUCCAGAUUCCCAGAUUUUGGCCUACUUAUGUUACAUCUUUUUGCUUGUUUUCUUGAAGAAGAAAGUAUGGGGCCCCCCUGUUUGCUUCGCAAGCCAAUGGAUGGCAAAUAAUGGAACGUUAUAAGGUGGAUAUAGUAUAGUUUCUUUGCCUUUGGCCUGCACAAAAGGGGUAGAGUACAGGAAUGGCCAUGCCGAGGUUCCUGUAAUUGUGAUUUGAGGCCGGAAGUAACGAAAUAAAGAAUUCCAGGUGCAAUGCUGGAAUUGUGUGGGGGAAUGAAUAUCCUCGGCUACCUGUUUCAGAAGAGCUUCGUAUAGAGAGUAUCAGAUUGCAGAAGGUGAUUGAUAUGGGGCACUUAUCGUCCAUGUUCAAUGGGCUGGCAAGGUCGUUCUCAAUAAAGAAAGGGAAGAGUUCUCGGAAAUGCGAUGGUAGAGAAGCUGCCGAAGCAAUGGCCAAGGAAGCUAAGAAAAAUGACCAGAUUCUCCGCACUUCUGGCACCGUUCAUGUCCAGGGUUCCAAUAACUUCGCCUCAGUUUUUUCCAAGAAAGGGCAGAAAGGAGUCAACCAGGAUUGUUCCAUAGUGUGGGAGGAGUUUGGAUGUCAAGAAGACAUGAUGUUCUGUGGAAUAUUUGACGGCCACGGACCAUGGGGUCACUUCGUGGCUAAGAAAGUAAGAGAGGCAAUGGCUCCAUCUUUGUUGUGUAACUGGCAGGAGACGCUUGCGCAGACCUCGCUUGAUCCUGACUUCGACUUAGAGGAUGAGAAAAAGCAACAUCCUUUCAACAUAUGGAAGCACUCCUACUUGAAGACUUGUGCCGCCAUUGAUCAAGAGUUAGGGCGCUCGCGCAAAAUCGAUUCUUUCUACAGCGGAACGACGGCCCUCUCCAUUGUUCGCCAGGGUGAACUAAUCGUUGUGGCAAAUGUUGGUGACUCUCGGGCUGUAUUAGCCACAACGUCAGAUGAUAAUAGCUUAGUGCCAGUACAACUGACUGUUGAUUUCAAGCCCAAUCUGCCUGAGGAGGCAGAGCGCAUAAUUCAGUGUCAGGGACGAGUGUUCUGCUUAGAGGACGAACCAGGAGUUCACAGAGUGUGGCUACCGGACGGAGAGUCGCCGGGAUUGGCCAUGUCCAGAGCGUUCGGAGACCACUGCGUGAAGGAGUAUGGUCUGAUUUCUGUUCCUGAGGUAACACACAGGACUAUCAGCAGCAGAGACCAAUUCGUCGUGCUAGCAACAGACGGGGUGUGGGAUGUGAUAUCGAAUGAAGAAGCGGUGCAAAUAGUGGCUUCAACAGAAGACAGAGGGAAGGCAGCGAGGAGAUUGGUGGAGUGUGCGGUGGGGGCUUGGAAGCGCAAACGAAGGGGCAUUGCCAUGGAUGAUAUUUCCGCAAUAUGUGUAUUCUUGCACCCUCCUCCUCCUUCUCUCCUAAAGUAGCAUUCGCUCUAAGGCAACUUUCUGUUGCUUCGUCUAACCUUCUCCGUUCACAUUAUGAUUAAGAUCCGUUGCAAUCUGUCUUUGUUGCUAACCCAAUCCAUCUAACUUCCCUGCUUCAAAUCAACAAUUUGACCGUUCAUAUCAAAUGGUCACGCAGCUCUUCACUUUCAUAACCAGUCUCCCUCCCUUGUUUAAGGUUUUCUUACUCAUUUUAUAAAUAUAAAAUUAAC